AUGAGGGAGAAUGUGGCGGAGCAGGGCGCGGCGGCGGGCGCCGACCAGGCGCAGUUGCAGGAGGAAACGGCCAAGCGUAUCAAGCGGGACGCGCGCUUCGGCGGCGUCGCCGCAGCGGCGCCGGCGCCAGGGCAGCCGGCCGCUGGGAAGGAGGCCGAGGCGGAGGCUGCGGCCGGGGAGGAGGCGCCGUGA